AUGAAUGAUAGAAUAACGUGGCCAGUUCAGUCCACAUUAGUACAAUUAACAAUUCGAGAUUGUACUUAUCGAACAUAUUGUGUUAUUCUUAGUAAUUCAUCUAAUUUAAGAAUAUUCGUAAUGAAUGAUUGUGAUAUGAAUGAUAUGAAUCAAACUGUUUUUCCAUCUUCAUCUAAUAUAUAUCACUCUGCAAAGAGACAACGUAUAACCACUGAUUACACAGCAUUAUAUCCACAAUUGACUUCAUUGACUAUUGGCGACUGUCGACUAGGUAUCGCACAGCUCGAAUUUCUUCUUUCGUUGACACCAUCACUUGUUUACCUGAAAAUGGUUUCACGUAGAUCUCAAUUUGAUUCAAUAUUCGAUGGUAAUUAUUGGGAACAACUUAUCUCAAUGAAAUUACCACUAUUGAAUAAAUUUGAAUUUUUAUUUACCUAUACUGAUAAAGAGUGCGAAAGUUGCACUGGUAUUACCUCACUUAUUUUGCCAUUUCAAACUUCGUUUUGGCUCGAUACUAAACACUGGUAUGUUACUACCGAUUAUAUUCUACCGCAAUCAAAAAUUAGACUCUAUACCAUACCAAACAACAGCGCUAAUCAUGAAAUGGGAAAUGUUACAUUAACAGGAUCAUCUACGGGGUCUAUACACUGCUUGCUUGUGCCUUCGAGAGAAAAUAUGUCCAAUGAUGCUGAAGCAAAUACAAUGACUACACUUAAUCUUUCAAACAAUAAAAUUGAAGACAAUGGAGCACGACAGUUAGCUGAUGCAUUACGAGAUCAUCAAACUCUCACUAUAUUGGACCUCUCGAAUAAUAAAAUUGGAAAUGAUGGAGCACAAUAUCUUUACGAUGUUCUCGGAGGAAACAAAACGAUCAUAGAAUUAAAUCUGUCGGAAAAUGAAAUUGGAGACAAAGGAGCACAAUAUUUAGCUGAUGCAUUGCAAAAUAAUAAAACUCUUACUUCGUUGAUACUGGGAAUUAUUGACGAGCAAAACGAGUAUCGCCGGAGAAAACGUCGAGAAGAAAAAACUUACGACUGGGAGGAACGUUAUCUCGAUUAUAGAAACCAAAUUGGAGAUAAAGGAGCAGAAUAUUUUGCUAAUGCAUUAGAAAUGAACACAACGCUGACUACAUUAGAUUUAACAUGUAACCGAAUCGGUGAUAUUGGCACAGUAUAUCUAGCGAAUGUGUUAAAAAAGAAUACGUCUCUUAAAACAUUGGUACUUUCAAAUCAAUGUAAAGAGAAUCAAAUCGGAGAUAUCGGAGCACAACAUUUAGCUUAUGCAUUAAAACAAAAUCAAACAUUAAUUGUGCUGGAUGUUUCUGGGAAUCAAAUCGGAGAUAUUGGUGCACAAUAUUUUGCUGAUGCUUUACAGAAAAAUCAAACACUGAGUACUCUCAAUCUUGAAUUAAAUGAGAUAGGAGAUAAUGGUAUACAAUAUCUAAAUGAUGCUGGACGAAAUAGCAAAACACUAAUGAAAUUGCAAUUAGAAGGUAAUCUUGGUAAUAAUUGUGCAGUUGUUAGUGCAGUUAUUCAAAUACGAAACGACAAAACACUUACAAAACUGAAUCUUCAAUCAAAGAAUAUUGAUGACAAUCAAAUAAAAUAUUUAGCUGAUACAUUACUCGGCAACGAAACAAUCGUUGAACUUGAUCUCUCAAAAAAUAAGAUCGGAGAUGUUGGAGCACAAUAUCUUUAUGAUGCUCUCAAAGACAAUAAAACACUUACGCAGUUAGACCUCAAAGGAAAUAUUAGUUCUUAUUGUAACGCAGUUGGUGCAGCAGUUAAAAUACGCAAUGAUAAAAAAAAUUCCGAAAUGUGGUUUUCUUCGGACACUAUUGAUGACAAUGGAACAAAAUUGUUAGCUGAUGCACUGCGUAACAACGAAAUGCUAGCUAAACUAUGUCUUGGAUCAAAUCAGAUUGGAGAUAUUGGAGCAAAAUAUUUAGCUGAUUUGCUACGAAUUAACGAAACAAUAACCGAAUUAGAUCUUUCACACAAUCAAAUUGGAGAUGAUGGAGCACAAUAUUUAGCUGAUAUAUUAAAAUAUAAUACAACAAUCGCUGCAAUCAAUCUUUCGCAAAAUGGAAUUGGAAAUAGUGGAGCACAAUAUUUCGCUGAUGUAUUACGUGACAAUACAACAUUAACCAGACUGAUACUCAGUAAUUGGUCUAAAGAAACAAAUCAAAUCGAUGAUAUCGGAGUACAAUAUUUAGUUGAUGCCUUACAAAACAAUAAAACACUUAUACAACUUGAUUUAUCUAAUAAUAAAAGUUCUUAUGGUGCAGUUUUCGGAGCAUCGAUUCGAUUACAGAACGACAUAGUGAUAUAA